AGCUCGGCGCAAUGGGACUUUCCUUCCCCUGGGCCCUGUGGCACGGAGGGGUGAGCGCUGAGGAGCCUGGUGGGGUCCCCACAUCCCCGGCCACCUUCCUCGGCCCUUCCUCGCCUCAGGCCCGAAUGGAGGCAGGGGCAGGGCUGGAAGAGGAGGACGAGAUACGAGGUGUGGGGGGGGGGCAGCCCCACCUCGGGCUGCGUGACGCGGGUUGCCAUGGCCACCCCGUUUACGCUACAAGGCCCGGCGGGGGCGGGCAGGCGGGCGGGGCCGCUUCAGCACCAGGGCGGCCGCGGACAGCAGCGGCCCCGGCUCGGCGGCGCCUCUCCCGCUGCGGGCUGCGCGGCUGCGGCGCCGGGGCCCUGCUCCGAGCCGGCUCCGGAGGUGGGGGGGGAGCCCUCACGGUCAGUCCCGGUCCCGGUUCUCAGCCCCGACACCGCCCGGCAGCACGGCCCCGGAGAACCAGGGGUACCGGGAGGUACCGGGGGGUACCCGGGGGGGCUCCUCCGGGCGGUGGCGGCGCCGGGAAAGUUUGGGAAGCUCGGAGCUCGGAGCCCGGAGUGGGGCCUCGGUGAGGACACGGCGAGUUUGGUCGGCUUUUGCUUUCCCUGGGAGGUUCACGUUUUUAUCAGUGACAAGAUGACAAUUCGUAUUUUUACCAAAGGAUCCAGUGACUCAUCCUAUUAAACUGCUGGGAUACGUGCUUGCCAAUUGUCCUGCCACGUUAGCCAACUGAUAUCACAAUGACUGAGGACUUAGACCACAGAUUCAGUAGUCUCACCUGGGAUCAGAUUAAAAUCUUGGAUCAAGUCUUAGCGGAGGUAAUACCUAUUCACGGGAGAGGGAAUUUUCCAACGCUGGAAGUAAAACCCAAGGAUAUAAUUCGUGUGGUGAAAGAACAGCUCAUCGAGAAGCAAAUCACUGUUCGAGAUAUCCGCUUGAAUGGUUCAACAGCUAGCCACAUCCUAGUGAAGCAGAAUGGAACUAGUUAUAAGGACCUAGAUAUCAUUUUUGGGGUGGAACUUCCAAGUGAGCUCGAGUUCCAGGUUGUUAAGGAAGCAGUUCUUAAUUGCCUAUUGGACUUCUUGCCGAAAUGUGUUAAUAAGGAAAAAAUCACUGCCCAGACCAUGAAAGAUGCCUACGUGCAGAAAAUGGUCAAAGUCUCUACUGACCACGACCGCUGGAGUCUCAUCUCGCUGUCAAACAACAGCGGCAAGAAUGUAGAGUUAAAGUUUGUCAACUCGCUCAGACGGCAGUUCGAGUUCAGCGUGGACUCCUUCCAAAUCAUUCUGGACUCCAUACUAAAUGUUUACAGAGAAACAGACUGCAAACUAGCAGAGGACUCUCACCCCACUGUUAUUGCAGAGAGUAUGUAUGGAGACUUCAAUGAAGCAAUGGACCAUUUAAAGUACAAGCUGAUCUCCACGAGGAACCCUGAGGAGAUCAGAGGAGGCGGCCUUCUGAAGUACAGCAAUCUCCUGGUUCGUGACUUCAAGCCAGCAGAUGAGGCUGAAAUUAAAUCUCUGGAACGUUACAUGUGCUCCAGAUUCUUCAUUGAUUUUCCAGAUGUUGCUGAGCAGCAAAGGAAAAUUGAGUCAUAUCUGCGCAACCACUUCAUUGGGGAAGAAAAAAGCAAGUAUGACUACUUGAUGACUCUGCGUGGAGUUGUAAAUGAGAGCACAGUCUGUCUCAUGGGACACGAACGAAGACAAACUCUGAAUAUGAUUACAAUUCUGGCUUUAAAAGUGCUUGGAGAACAAAAUAUCAUCCCAAACGCAGCUAAUGUAACAUGCUAUUAUCAGCCUGCUCCAUAUAUCAGUGACAGAAACUUCAGCAAUUACUACAUUGCUCAUGGACAACCACCUAUCAUCUACCAGCCAUACCCAUUUCACAUACCAAUGCAAAGCGGCAUGGUUUAGGAACACGGUAACCUCCUCAGCAUUUAGACCCCUCUCUCUUUCCAGUUCUCUCCGUAAUAAACGCCUCAUUAAACCAAGUUCUAUCAUCACUUUUGAUUUCAGGACAUAUUUUUGUGCAAGUUGCCAAAGUUGUUUGGUUGGUCGAUGUCCCAAACACCUUUAAGCAGAUCAUAAAAUGAGUAAAAUGGUUAUUGUUAUUCAUGAUGUAUUUAUACCCCCAUGUGUGUUUGGGCUGUACUUUUCUUUUGGAUGAAAAGAGAAGGAUAUAAAUUAUUCUAAUUUUAUAAGAAAAAAUGCACUAAGGUCUGGGUUCUAAUAAAUUCUUAAGCAAAAAUUUAAAUAGUGGAAAUGAAAACUUAAGCCUUCUACUGAGAUGCCUCUCAGUAGAAAUGCCUAAUUCUAGAAAUGCUGGUGUUCUGGGCACAUUAAACUAAAGCAUCCACCAAUAAUACCCAUGCAGUUCCAACAACAUUUAUUUGCAGCACCUUUUGGAAAUAGGCAUUGAUGGUCUGCCUCUUGGUGGACUGAGCUCCUCCUUGUAGGCUCACGUCUGGUCACUCUCGACUCCCACCAGAGACAUGAGGUCCCUCCCCUCACCAGAGUGCUCAUCAGCAGGGGUUAGCAGGAAACAUCUCCACCAAGAGCAGAAUCAGCCUUUUUGUGAAUCCAAAAUUUCCGCUGACCUGAGCGAGAGAUUUGGCCGCUGAAGUAGUGCAGUGUUGAACCCCAGGAUCUGACUCACAGAUAAUGAAAGAGAUACAACUAUUCUGAUUAUUGUAGUCCUGAACAACAAGGUAAUAGAACGAGAAAGAAGGUGAAAAUUGAGCACAUAGGGCUUGCUUUUUAUUGCUAAUUUAUUAUUGAUCAGAGAUGCUCCAAUGCAUAAUAAAAGGAGUCAGAAAAAAAAAAAAAAAAGCCCAGGACCAUGUUGUUUUUAAAUGAAUUAAAAAACAAAUCAUUGACAGUGGCAUUUGAAAAAUGUUUUAUAUUAGCAAUGUCCUGUGUAAGCUUCGUUGCUUGCACACAUACACUGGUAGCAAAUGAAAAUUUGUCUUAUGAUCAGGAAGUAAAACAUUAGUUACAAAUUUGUGUGUGUUUACCAAAGAUAAGUUUUAAACGUCACAUAAGUGCCUCCCUGUGCCAGUUGCUCCAUGACAGUGAUAAUGCUGUCUGCAAUCAUGCUAGAGAGCUCCUGAAUUACGAAAAGAAGUGAAACGUAUGCCCUUGUGGACUCCAUCGAUGGGUUACAAGGCGCUGGCAGUUCUGAAGUCAGAGAGGUUUGCACCAUUGACUUCAGUUUGAGCAGGUUUGGAACAGACAGAUCUGAGGUUGUUCUCCCUGAAACGCCUCCGGUUUAGAUGCUGAACAUGGUACAGCAAGGAAUAGAAAGGAAAAGGAGACAGAAGGGAUGCGGCUGUAAAAUCAAAACAGUCAACUGGAAAUGUAAGCAGUA